UGAAGAAAGAGAAAGAAAGAAAGAAAGAUAAAGAAAAUGACAGGGACACAUCCAAUAAAGGACUUGUGGCCAGAGACAUUUCCAAAAUACCAUUAAACAAUCCUGUAUGCAAUGUAUGAACUGUUUGUGGACAAAGGUUUGUAAAUAGUUUGGUCCGUGAAUUGCAUUUGGAGGAAGUCUUUCGUCACACAACAUUUCCUGACAUGCCUGACACAUGAGCACUGAGCUAUUCUGACUCCAGACUCCCUAAGCCCUUGCCAGGAAACCAGCAACGCAUCACGCCCUUCGAUGUAAACUUCUAACUUGACAGUUAUUUGUCUAGAGAGUGAUCCUCAAAGGAGUCACUUGUAGUUCAUAUCUAGUUUGAUGAACAAUAGCUUGUAAAAAUUAACUGGAAAAACCUUGCAAACAUGUGGAGAGUUUUUGUGCUGCUGCUAUUACCAUUAAUGUUAGAGGACUCACUUCAAGAUUCAGUACCAAACAAAUCACUUCAGCCAAAAACAUAUCCUGGAAAAAUAGUGUUUAACGGCUCACAGUUCUCCAACUCAUCCUUCCAGGAGCCGGUGAUAAAUGUCAGUGCUAACAUCAUCAAUCACACCACUGGAAUUGUCAGCACUAGGAUCAUUCCAUCUGCGUAUAUCCUAGCCAUCCUCAUCGGGAUCCCCUCUAAUGUCUUUGUGUUAGCCUGCCUUAGCAGAAGAAAGAAUCUUUCCAGUUGUAUCCUAUAUUUUAGCCUAGCAGUGUCAGACCUUCUCUUGCUACUUUCUCUCACACUCAGAGUCCACUAUCACCUCAGUAACAAUAACUGGAUCUUUGGAGAGUUCGCCUGCAAGAUGGUGACUGCCUGCUUUUAUGGGAACAUCUACUGCUCGGUCCAUGCCCACAUGUGUAUUAGUGUGAUGCGCUACCUUGCGGUGGUCCACCCGUUCCUCUACAGGACAAUGCUGAAAACGUACUACGCAAUCUUCACCAGCUUAUCCAUUUGGAUGGUUUUUGCUAUUGCGAUGACACCUGAGUUUCUGGUUCAGCAAAGCUACCGUGUUCUUGGGCAAGAGCAGGUGACGUGUCAUGAUAUCCAGUCCUAUGAAAAAGCUUCCAACCGAGCUUUGAUUCCAUACAGAUUGAGUCUGAUCUGCCUGGGGUUCAUCCUGCCAUCGCUGGUCAUCACAUUUGUUUAUGGAUCUAUCAUCUACCAUCUAAAUCGUUCCAGUCAUGACUGGAAACAGUACAUGAAGGCCAGCACUUUGGUGUUUGGGAUCUUUCUAGUGUGCUUUGCCCCAUGUAAUGCACUUCUUUUUCCACAAUAUGUGAAGCUGUACACUCAGCAGCAGUAUGACUUGUAUUAUUACUACAGAGCAGCUGUAUGUCUGUGUUCUUUCCACAGCUGUCUGGACCCCUUCCUCUCAUAUCUCCUCACAAAGACUUCAACUUCCCAAGUCAAAUUUAGAUCCUUUAGCUCCAGAGCUUUGAAGGUUUUGCCCACGAGCUGAGUCCUUUUAAAUACCAGGAUGUUUUUUGUUGUGUACUGGGAGAAUGGCUUCCUUAUCUAAAAUGGCUUAACAGUGGGUUGAGGAUGUUAUGGUUGGACUUCCCACUUUUUACUUUAGAAGAGGCUCCUAACUUUGUACAGAAGUGAAAGAAGUUGGAAUCUCACACUCAAGCUGUGAACAUAAAAGUCAAGCUGAAUACAAAAUCUUUGAGAGCAGGAAAGUUGAGUGUUGAGUAAAAAGUGUCCAAGUAAUUUGGAUAAGAAAGGAUAUCUGAAAUAAGAGAUGUAACCUCUUAGACAUUUCAUUGGUUC